AUGGAAGAUCGUGAUGAUGGUAUCGGAUCGGAAAUAAAUACUCCAAGAGACGUCCAACAUGCCGAAGAAUUGCAUCACAAUCCUGCUCAGGAAAAUGAGAGUGUAAAUGAAGUAAGUAAUGUGAUCGCACCACAUCCACCACCAUCGGUUUUUCCGGAUAGUUCAACACCAAUUAGACCGCCUACUCAGCAAAUUUCUAAACGUACUCCGAAGAUAUCGCCAAUUGAAAGAGUUCCAUCAGCGAAAUGUGUAGAGGAUGAUGCGACAACUAUUUUAGACUGUUCAACUGGUGAAACGAGUAACGUAGUUUCCAAUGAUAAGAACUACACCAAGUUAGAUUUGGCUGUAAUGCUACGCGACAAGCAUUUGGAAUGCAUUGAGCUAGAAGGAGAAAAUGAGCGGUUGUCACAGUUAGUGGAAAAGCUUGCAAGUGAAAAUCAUCAUUUUCAGGACCAGGUUUCCGUCGUGAAAGACAAUGCUGCAACUUUGGCCAGAGAAAUGGAAAAAUUGAAGGAAGCUGCUGAAAAAAAUGAAGCAAAGUUCAUGGAAUGUCAACAUCAACUACGAAUGGCCGAACAGAAAUUAGCACUUGUAGAGAAUAUUUCGAUUGAUAUAGAAGCAGAUAAGAUGCCUCAUUCAGAAACACUCAGGAAGUUGCAAGAUGAGAAUACGGCAAUGAAAGCAAAAAUUUCAGAGCUUAAAUUUGAGCUGGAAAUAAAGAAGGAAGCAGAAAAAAAUGCAGAAAUCUGGAAAAAAAAGUAUGGAGUCGCAGAAAAUGAGAUGGAAAAAAAUCACAGAAUGAGAAUUGAGUUGGGAAAACAACUAGAAAAUAGACGAGUCGAAAUUGACAUUUUAAAUAAAGAAAAAAAAAACUGUGAAGAGAAAUGCAACAAAUUCAAAGAUUUAUACGACGAAAGUGCUGGAAAAGUUGCUGAGUUGCAGAAACAGCUAUUUGCAAUUGAGGGAAGAUUUGAGCAGUUACAAGAACAAGAUUCGAAAGUUGGUGGACUGGAGCAGAAACUGGAAGCGGAGAAGAAAGCUUGGGAUGAGGAACGCGAAUAUUUAAAGAAAGAAAAAUUGGGGCUCGAGAAACGAAUUGAGCAACUUGCACUUACCAAUUAUGCAUUAUUAAGCGAGAAGCAGACAUUACUUGAAGCUGAUAACAAGGGUCUAAAAGAUUUGGCUGCAUGGCAGGAGAAAAACGGGAAACUUACGUUACAAAAUGCGCAGCUUGCUGAUGAACUAAAAAAAUACCGUGAUGUGGAUUUACGAUUAGCAGAAUGCUUAGAUGAAAUAGCAAAGAAAGAUUCAUUGAUCGAAGAAUUGAAUGAAGAAAUUACCAAAAGUAAUCAUGAUUUGAAAAGAUUUCGCGAUGAAGCUAUUUAUUUGAGAACACAAUUGAAUGAAAAAACAAGAACAAAAAAUGAAACUGAAGAAGAUUGGGCUUUGGAAAAGAAAAAAUUACUCUCCGAUUGUGAACAUUUGAAAGAAGCAAUUGCAAAAAAUCGCAUGUCGAUGGAUCAAAUCACAACUGAAAAGCAGAAAAACGGUGAAUUGACAUUAUUGCUGGAGAAGCGUGAAAUAGAACUUAACAACAUUCGAAUUCUUGUGGAUAAAAAGCAGAAACGGAUAGAAGAUUUGAUGGAAGAAAAAGCAGAUCUGAAACAUGAAAAUAUGCGUUUAAAGACAAUGGUGGACAAAGUCAAUACGGAAUAUGAUAUUUUCCGGAAUCAAGCCGAAAUUCAGUAUCAGUUAGAAACCGCACAGCUAAAUCAAUUAAUUAAGGACAAAGAUGAACGUCUGGAACGUUUACAUGCACGAAUUGCUUUGUUCGAAUCUUAUUCUGGACAGAGCAGCACUGUUCUUUCUUGUUCAGCUAAUGCAAAAAGCUGCACAGAUAUUACUAUAUGGGAUGCACUUCCUGCUAACAUACGUUCACAAUUGUAUGAAUUGAAAGAAAAAUAUCAAGAUCUCAGUGCCCUUGUGUACCGAAUGAUGUCAGAUCCACCGGCAAAGCAGUAUGGCACUAUUAAGGUCUUGGAAAAUAAAUCAACAGACUGCCGUGGUUUAGCUUCACCUGCGGAACUAUCUCAUUCAGAAUUAAUGGGCAAAACUGAUUCACGACUAGUAGUAUGUGAAGCUGGAUCAAGCAUUGAAUCAUCAUCAGAAAGCUUAACCGAUACACCACACCCAGAAGGAAUAAGUGAAGCAAGCGAUACAUUACUUUUAAUGCUCGAAUCCGUUCGUCAUGCGGAGAUUCAUGGUAAACUUAGUCCUAACAUACGACAGUUAUUGGAACAUCUUCUAACUGAUAUACAAGGAAGCGAUAAAUCAGUGGAACAAAUUAGUGGGGCGGUGAGUCGUUUUUUUGCGAAUUUGGAUUUGGCGCUGCGAAAAACGCUCUCUGCGUCGGAUGACAACAGAAUUAAAUGUGAAAAACUGGAAAAAUUGUGUACAGAGAUAACUGCUGAUCUCCAUCGUGCUCGAGAUGAACUUCACUCUGCUCUGAAUAAAUGCUCGAUGUAUGAAGCAAAUAUUGAUAGCUUAAAACUACAGUUCAGAUGUGAAAUUCAAAACUGCGCUGAAUUACGUGAGAAACUGAAGCGAGCUGUUGAAGAAAUUGACAAUUUAACCAAGCAGAAAGAUGAUCUUGCCGCUGCUGUAAGCAAAGCGAAAAUAAUGUUAAAAUAUAAAACAGAUUUGGGCUUGCAAGCGGCACGCACCAUCAAGUGUAUAAAAGACGAGUUGCAAGAAGCCAAAAAAUUUGAAGACCAGAUGAAUGAACGUUUACGUGAAUUGCAUAGGGAGAAAGAAAAAAUGAAGCAACUUUUAAGCGAACGGGAACUUGACGUUGUUAAACUCCAGUAUCGCCUUGUCGAAAGUACUAAUGAUUGCACAGUGAGAGCAUCUGAAUUGCAACAUGCCGAAAGUAGAAUAGAUGAACUGCAAAAACGGAAUGAACAUUUGAAAAGAAAAUAUGAAAAACGAGAAGGUUUCCUUGAAGAAAUGGAAUCAAUUCUUCGGGCGAUGAAGGUUCGCUGUGAAGGAUUGCAAGGAACUAAUCAACUACGGCAAAAUUUGAUUGAGAAGCUGAAAAAACUGCUUAUAAAGCUGGGAUUUAAUUUGAAUAACCCACGUUUGAUUAAUGGCAGACGACUUAGUGCUUUUGAGAAUAAUGCAGUAAAAUUAAUGAGAAAAUCCAAAAUACACAUGUGGCCAUCCCAUUUGGAUCGAUUGAAAUUAGCGAAAAUUGCGCAACGUCUAGAGAAGGAUACUAUCAAAAUAAAAGAACUGGAGAAAUGUCGAGACAGUGACGAUGUGCAUUUUUCAUUCCGACGCAGUCUGAACACCGUUUCAUUGUCAUCAGGUAGUCAUGCUGAUGGGAUGCAGAAUACUGAUGUUGUUGUCGGAGAUGCUGGUCGAACAAGUCACGUCGUUUCUGAAAAUGGUUUCGGCACACUAUAA